AUGGAAUAUGACAAGGACCCAUCGUAUGUUCAACUAGUUACUGACAUUGCAGAUAAAUUUAGCGAGUAUGCAGCUUCACUAACAGCAAAUGAUUUGACGAUUUCCUCGAUCACCAAAACAGUCCUGUACCACUGGAACUUCUCCGCUGCCGAUCUCAUCUUUCCCCUCAUCGCUGCCUUAGUAAUAUUUUUGCUGAAACAAAUCAUCGUAGGGAUUCUCAAUGCCAUCGAUCUCUCAAACUUUCAACCCGUCGACGCCAAAAAACUCCCCGAGUCAGUCUUUCAACUUAUUAUGUACAGUGGCCUGUGGAUUCUGGAGACGAAGAUAGUACUCGACCACGAUUUCCUUGUUAGCCCAUCGAAGACUUUUCACAACUGGUCUGAAAAGCGAGAAGAACCACUGCCCUUUGAUGCAUACUGGCUGUAUGUUACUGUUAUUGGAUUCUAUAUACAGGCGCUUGUCUGCUGCAUUCUGAUAGAUGAGCGAAGAAAAGACACGAACGUCAUGAUUCUCCAUCACAUCGCCACCUUAUUCCUCGUUGUUUUCUCCUUUGGAAUGCGUUUCUGGGCGAUUGGCUGCCUCGUCCUCUUCUGCCACGACAUUUGCGACAUAUUCCUCGAUGUUUCGAAGCUUUUCCUCUACUUUCAAAACCGAAAAGUGUGCUCAAAGCCGACUUGGUAUAUUUGCGAGGUUACGAAGUCAAUCUCCUUCGGAUUUUUUGUCCUGAGCUGGAUUUGGUUCCGGUUUAAUUUGUAUCCAAGAAAGGCAAUUUAUGGCGCUGCCUAUCACAGCAUGGUUGAAAUCAAAGGCGGCCCUCCAGUAUAUCCCUUUUACAGCUUCCUGCUAAUGUCGAUUCAAGUCAUGCAUAUUUACUGGUUCUUCUUCAUUUUCAAGCUUCUUCUGAAAAUCCUUACUGGCGCCAAGUUGGACCGAGACACACGAGAAUACGAGGAAUCAAACGAAAAGAAGACCGACUAG